GUUCUCGCGCUGCUAUCGACUGCGUCCGUUGAUUGUUCGCCCUCCUCGCGCCCCAGGGCCGGAUCGCGGCGGUUGAAGUUUCAUUCGGGUUUCGCGCCCCCCCCGGCCCGCUCGCGGCGGCGGCGCCUCUUUUCGUCCGCUCACUCGCGCCUCGCGUGCCCACCCGCCCGCCCACCAUGAGCGCCAGCUACGACCGCGCCAUCACCGUCUUCUCCCCGGACGGCCACCUCUUCCAGGUGGAGUACGCACAGGAGGCGGUGAAGAAAGGCUCGGCCGCGGUUAGUGUGCGAGGAAAAGGAAUUGUGGUCCUUGGAGUGGAAAAGAAAUCUGUAGCCAAAUUGCAAGAUGAAAGAACUGUAAGGAAGAUCUGUGUACUGGAUGACAACGUUUGUAUGGCCUUUGCAGGACUCACAGCUGAUGCCCGGAUAGUGAUAAAUAGAGCUCGUGUGGAGUGUCAAAGCCAUAGACUCACUGUAGAGGAUCCAGUCACGGUUGAAUACAUCACACGCUUUAUUGCCAGUUUGAAACAGCGUUACACUCAAAGUAAUGGGCGCCGACCGUUUGGGAUUUCUGCACUGAUUGUGGGUUUUGACAUUGAUGGAGCGCCAAGACUUUAUCAAACUGAUCCAUCGGGAACAUAUCAUGAAUGGAAGGCCAAUGCCAUAGGAAGAAGUGCAAAGACUGUCCGAGAAUUCUUGGAGAAAAACUACAAUGAAGAGGCCACUGCCACAGACAGCGGUACCAUUAAACUUGCCAUCAAGGCUUUAUUGGAGGUUGUACAAUCGGGAGGAAAACACAUUGAACUGGCGGUGAUGAAACAUGGACAACUCUUAAGGAUCUUAAAUCCAGAAGAAAUUGAAAUGCAUGUUUCAGAAAUUGAGAAAGAGCGGGAAGAAGCUGAAAAGAAAAAGGCACCGAAAACCUAAAGAACUUUUUUAAAAAAGCUUUUGAACUGAACUAUUUUACUUGUUUCUAUAAUUACUGGAAUAAACAAUUGUGAACCAACUAAA